GUGAAGCAGAGAGAGUAAAAAAAGCGAGGCAUCACCGCCCUCGCUUUACGGGGUGCACCACUUCCCUCCUCUGUGCCUCAAAGUGCGCGCAAAAAGGCGAACAGAGGAAGAUUCCGUGAAUCACUGCUCCAAGUUGACAGUAAUGCUCAAUGUUGGGUCUUGGCGAUCAUUUUUCCUCCAAACAAUUUAAGAUUGGUAUACCCCAAUGGUUUUACACCACGUAGGAUGGGAUUAACAUUGACGGGCAGAUAUAUCUUGUUGUUUCUUGCUGUCCAGAUAGCGUAUCUACUGCAGGCAGUAAGGGCAGCAGGGAAAUGUGAAACAGUAUUCAAAGGCUUCUCCAAUUGCCUUCUUGAACUUGGAGAAAAUAUGGCCAACUAUCCACAGGAGUUGGACGAGAAGCAGAAUAUCCAGACCAUCUGCGGAUACUGGGAUGGUUUCCAUUCGUGUGCUACAACUGCGCUUGCAGACUGCCAAGAGGGAGCAACAGAUCUCUGGGAGAAGCUUAAAAAGCAGUCAAGAAAUCUGGAGUACCCAGGAAGUUUGUUUGAACUCUGUGGUGGCGGGAAUGGCGCCUCUACAUCACCUGUACCGUUCGGCCUUGCUAUGCUUCUAACGGCCUUUUCUACUCUGGUGACAUGGCUUGCAUUUUAAUCCCCACCCAAAUCCCAUCUUCCAAAAAAAUAAAGAGAAGAAAACAGAAUAAAUACACCAAGAGAAUAAAUGCAACAAACAAAACAGUAAAACGACUAAAACAUCCAUCUUGGAAAAUCGCUGAUGAAAAGACACAGGCCUACACACAAAUGGAUGUCUAUGUCUUGCAGAAGUGACGGCUGGAUUUUGCGAAACAACAGCGCGCUGUCUUCAUUGAAUAGCCUACUCCAACAUAUUGGCAUCAUUUGCAGAGCGGAAAGAAAAGGAACAGAGUAUCAAUAUGGGCACACAGCCUUUAUAAAUUAUUCAACGAGUAUCGUUCAAAUGAUUGCAUUUUUGAUGGCCUUUGCUCGCACUCUCGUGGAAUCAACACCAAGCCUACAAUAGCGUACUAUCAUCUUUGCAAGUCAUGACCAGCUUAGUCAUCAUCAGUGGAGUCUAAUACUCCAUUUGAAAUAAAACAUGAAAUGACUCGCAUAAAUGUAAUUCAGACAAGCAUUUUUCUUUAGGUCAACCUCUCCAUCCCUUUGGAUUUCUCAAAAUAUAAAUGUAUCAAAUAUUGGUUCUGUCAAGCCAAAUAGGCUGGACUAGAUAUUUUGUAGGUCCAGGCUACCUGAUGUCAUAGCAUAGCCUAAGCAGAGAAAACCUAAUAUUCUUAGACUUGACCAUUUCAGGAAGGACAGUCGCCUAUUCGCACAAUGAAGGGACAGAGAAAGCUAACUUACUCUCCAUGAUCCUCUCCAUAAUGACGGGAUACUGGGGAGGGAAUAAGGCUAUGUCACGAGGAUGAUCAGUCAACCCUUAGGCCUAUAUUAAAAAAAUAUACCUUCAAAUUAUCGGGUAGCCUAUACCGAAAACCAGCCGUGGGCAGCUGUGGCCAUUUACUUGACCAUUUAUUGCAAUACCAUCUUUCAGAAAAAAACUGAGGGUAACCUUAUUUGAUAGUGUAAUACUAGCUUACUUUCCAAAAGUACCGUAGCACGACAGUAUUCAGACCUCAGCACAUUAGAUGACAGAAAAAAUGCUGGCUAUAUAUUUGAUGUUGCCAAGGCAUAGAUCACGUUUCACUGCCUUCAGAAGAAAUGUGUAUUUUGUUUGUAUGUUCGUCCAUUUUGUUUCAUGGGAUGUUGCAUAAAAUAGUCUACAUGAAUAUUUUAAAAAAUAAUGAUGAGAAUGUAUGUGAAAUGAAUUUAAGAGAGAUUCUUUAAAAAAAAGAUUUUAAAACAGUCAUUAGGUAGCCUAUAAUAGACAUAUGCAGGUAGCCUAUCAAACCAGAUUCCUAAAAAUAAAUUAAAUAAAACCCAU